AUGCAACUACCUGAUGCGACAGCUGAUCCUGAGCUUCCAAACAUACAAUACACUACUCACUACCUUCGUUCGAUAAUUAUACAUUCACUCGACACAUUCAAUCAUCAAAAUGCAGAAUUUGCCAGUGAGCGACUAUUAGCUUUGAACCCCCAUGAUUUGGAUUCAGUUUAUUUGUACUGUCUCACAUUGUUCCAUCAAGCUAAAGUGAAAUCAUGCUAUCGCAAACUAAUUGAAAUUAGCAAGUGCAACAGUAGUACCACAUCAUCAUCACCAUCGUCACCAUCAUCAUCACUACUGGAUUUGAAUCAUUUAGGAUGCAGUUAUCUUUUCGGUAAAUGUUGUUUACAGUUGAAUAAUAAAUCCAAAGAUGGCAUUUUCCAAUUGUUAAAAGUGAAGCAUUUAUAUAAUGGAGAUCAUGAACGAAUGAGUAUCGAAACCCGAUUUGAUUAUAGGAAUAAUCGCAGUAUAUUACCUGAUGCAGCACUGGUUUAUCAUUUAUUGGGGGAUUUGUAUCAUAGUAUCAAUGAUAUCAAGAAUAGUGCAUUGAGUUAUACUCUGUGUUUGAAAUUGAAUCAGUUUGAUUUUGAAGCGUUUCAAAAAUUGUGUAAAAUGGGAGUGGAUAUGAAGGUGAAGAGCUUAUACAAGGUGCAAAAAGAUGGCAAUAUAGAGCUGCAACUACAACAGCUGGGGGCAGGGGAAGUACUACUGCAGUCACAACAACAACAGCAGCACCAGCAACACCAAUUCAAAACACCACAGGCGCUAGGGGUUCAUGAUAUACCUGAUUUGACCAAUCCGUUCACUGAAAAGAUGAAAGCAGUCCCCGAUUCCACUAGCACCACGGGAAAUCCAUUAAAGACUCCCACGAUACAUGUUGAUGAGUUUAAUUUUUCAACUCCAAGGAUUAAAACGGCAACAGUCCCUGAUGCGCCAUUGCGAAAAUCGAAUUUGAAUACUGGAUCUCAUCAUUAUGACGUAAGCAACACUACUAUUGCCAAUAACACAUUUGAGUUUGUCAAACCAACAACUACAUCGACAGGCUCGCAUUCAGAAGCUGCAGGAGGUGGUGGCAACAAGAAACGAGGUAGUCGUGUGUAUUCUAAAAUCACUUCGCGGUUAAUCUCGCAACCAUCGUCUCAUACAACAAUCAAUAACCCUGCUGAAACUCCCAGUAACAAGAAGAGUUUGAAACGGAAUAAUUCAAUUACUUCAGAGGAUAAUAAUAGUAACAACAACAACAACAACAAUACAGGUCUUGGAUCAUCAACAGCAAUGACCACAAGUUUCUCGAUUGCUUUUCUAAAAGAGAUUGAAAAAUGUGAGGCAUACCUUUUACAUUUAUAUCUGAUCUUUGCCAAAAGUUUCAAACUAUUGUCAAGUUUUGAUUGUUACAAGGCAAUCAAAAUUUUGGAACAUGAUAUACCUCAACAAGAUCGCGAUACCCCCUGGGUAUUGAGUAAAUUGGGUAAAUUACAUUACGAAGUUAUGAAUUAUAAACAAUCAGAACAAUAUUUCAAGAAAUUACGACAAAUUGAUCGAACUCGAUGUGAGGAUAUGGAAGUUUAUUCAACUUUGCUUUGGCACUUGCAUAAAAAAGUUGAACUUACGUUUCUUGCCAAUGAAUUACAUGAUAUUGAUUCUAAUAGCCCCAUCACUUGGUGUGCCAUUGGUAACUUGUUUUCACUAACUCGAGAACCUGAUGAAGCUAUACGAUGUUUCAACAAAGCCAUAAAAUUAAAUGAUAAAUUCACAUAUGCCCACACAUUGAAAGGACAUGAAUAUUUUGCCAAUGACAAUUAUGAAAUGGCAAUGGAAAGUUUCCGUGUUAGCUUGUUAUUAGACCCACGUCAUUUCAAUGCCUUGUAUGGAAUCGGCAUGAUUUAUAUGAACUUGGGUGAAUACCACAAGGCCGAUUACCAUUUCCGCAAAGCCAUUUCUAUAAAUCCCAUAAAUAUCAUUCUCAUUUGUUGUGUUGGUAUGGUUUUGGAGAAAUUAAACAAAAAACCAAUGGCUUUGAAACAAUACGAAUUGGCAUGCAAAUUACAACCAAGUAAUCCAUUACCAAUUUUCAAAAAGGCACAAUUGUUGUUUAGUUUACAAAAUUACCCUUUGGCUUUGAAGAAUUUUGAAAUUUUGAAAAAUAUUGCUCCUAAUGAAGCUAGUGUACAUUUCCUUUUGGGACAAUUGUAUAAUUUGCAACUGGAUAAGUAUUCGGCAAUUAGAGAGUUUACUAUUGCUUUAAAUUUGGACCCAAAGGGGAACUACUUGAUUAAGGAGGCCAUGGAGUCGUUAAAUGAAUGA